AUGCGCGCCACCACCUCCGCGGCUCCUUGCUUGCCGUGCCUGCAUGGCCGCCAUGGACACGGCAGGGCCUUGGCGGCCUGCCUACUCGCGCUCGUGACCUUCCUGGUGGUGGCUGCCUGCUGGGACCCCAGGACGCAACAAGCUUCCAGCUGGUUCCUGUCGUCGUCGCCGUCGUCCGCCCCCUCAUCAUCCUUCUCCUCGUCCUUGACGAGUGCCGGAGGAGUUGGCGGUGAGCACCUCUUGGCCAGCGCCAGCUCGUACUACUCCGACGGCGGCGGCGGCGGCGGCGGCGGCAGGAACAGCACCAGCACGGAGGUGCACGAGGAGGUCCGGGGUCAGGGUGGUGAUCACGAUGGAUUCCUGUCCUUGGUCAACAACUCCAGCUCCGGCUAUGGAGCGCCGCCGCCUCAUCAGAUCUCCGUCACGCCACCGCCACCUGCACCGGCACCGGCGCCCGCCGCACAGCUGGCUCCGGCGGUGUCUCCAGUAACGGGGAUCUCAGAUGAAGUGGUCCAAGCGACGCCGCAAGUUCAGAGGAGCAGAGACGUGAAACUGGAGCGAUUAGAAUUUGGUCUUGCGAAAGCUCGGUCGGCGAUAAUGGAAGCGAUCCGGAGCAAGGACAAGAGAUCUCCGUUGGCUGACAAGGAUUACGUGCCAAUGGGACCAGUGUACAGGAAUGCCUAUGCAUUUCACAGGAGCUACCUGGAAAUGGAGAAGCAGUUGAAGGUGUACGUGUACGAGGAAGGCGAGCCGCCGGUGUUCCACGACGGGCCGUGCCGCAGCAUCUACUCGACGGAGGGCAGGUUCAUCCACGCCAUGGAGAUGGAGAGCCGGCUGCGGACCAGGGACCCCGCUCGCGCCCACGUCUUCUUCCUCCCGUUCAGCGUCGUCAAGAUGGUGAAGACGGUCUACGAGCCCGGCUCCCACGACAUGGCCCCGCUCAAGCGCACCGUCGCCGACUACCUCCGCGUGCUCUCCUCCAAGUACCCCUUCUGGAACCGCAGCGCCGGCGCCGACCACUUCAUGCUCUCCUGCCAUGACUGGGGGCCGUACGUGUCGUCGGCGAACGCGCAGCUGUUCGGCAACUCGAUCCGGGUGCUGUGCAACGCCAACACGUCGGAGGGGUUCAACCCGACCAAGGACGUGUCGCUGCCGGAGAUCAACCUGCGGAGCGACGCCGUGGAGCGGCAGGUGGGCGGGCCUUCGGCGUCGCGGCGGCCGAUCCUGGCUUUCUUCGCGGGCGGGAACCAUGGUCCCGUCCGCCCGGCGCUUCUGGCGCACUGGGGCCCCGGGAGCCGCGGGCGGGACGACGACGACCCCAACGGCGUGCGGGUGAGCGAGUACCUACCCCGCGGCGGCGCGUCGUACACGGACAUGAUGCGGCACAGCCGCUUCUGCCUGUGCCCCGGCGGGUACGAGGUGGCGUCGCCGCGGCUGGCGGAGGCGCUGUACCUGGAGUGCGUCCCCGUCGUGGUGGACGACGGCGAGUACGCGCUGCCGUUCGCCGACGUGCUCAACUGGGACGCCUUCGCGGUAAGGGUCCGCGUCGCGGACGUCCCCCGGCUCAAGGAGAUCCUGUCGGGCGUGUCGCCGCGGCAGUACAUCCGGAUGCAGCGCCGGGUGAGGAUGGUGCGCCGGCACUUCAUGGUGCACGGCGGACCGCCGCGCCGGUACGACGCGUUCCACAUGAUCCUCCACUCCGUCUGGCUCCGGAGGCUCAACGUCAGGAUCGCUGCUGAUGCACAGGGCUGA